GCAUGGGUUAGAGGGAAGCUUAGAAUGAAGAAUGUUGGUCCGCUUGAGUAUUAUAUUGGUUGCAACUAUUGCAACAAGACAGUGAAUUCCAUCGAAGGAUUAAAACUCCAUUGCUUAUACUGUGGCCAAACUGAUGGUCUCACUGUCAGGAGGUAUAAGUUAAAUGUUGAAAUAUCGGAUGGUUCUACAAUUGUGCAAGCUAUUCUCUUUAAUCAUGAUGUGCACCGGCUAAUGUUGUUAGUUGGAAUUGAAAUGCCAACAACUGUUGAGGACAGUGAAAUAUUCCAACAAAAGUUAGAUGCUAUUGAUUUUGUUGUUGGUCUAAGGAUAAAUGCUCUAAAUGAAGAUCAUCCAUCGACAUUGACUUAUUCAGUAGCAUGUAUUUGUAAGGACAUAACAAGAGACACUGGUGAACAACAAGCAACACCACAUGCACGUUCAUCCAACAUUGUGGAAGAAACUUUUACGGUGGGCAAUCCAACAAAGAGAAGGUUAGACUUCGAUGAAUCAUCAAAACAUGCUACUGACAUUCUAGAAGAUGCUACAAGUAAAGAGAAAUCAAUAAGUCUUGAUAAAGGUAAAAGGGCAAAAGUCGAUUAA